GUCAGAUUACGGAGUUCAUUUCUUUCUAAGUCUUUCCACAGCCGAAUAGUCUCGUUUUUUAAGUCGUCAUGAUCAUCUACAAUUUUCUUCUUAGAUAAGCCCGGUACAUCAUCCUUUCCGCCCGCCUCGCCCCAGGAACCUCCAGGUCAUGCCGCGCCUAAAAUCCUUGUUAAGCCAACUCCGGAAAAGCAAAAGAUUUAUAACGAAACUCGCGAUGCAAUCGAGAAAGACAAGGAAUACACCUACCGUCAUCAUCCAGACGCCGAGCUUUAUCUCCUAGAUAACGAUCCUAUGCUUGAUAUACCAUUGAAUAUCCUCCUCAAGCGACGCCUUACACUUGCUUGUAUAUAUGGCUGUGUGAAAAGGGAAAGAAUAUGCAACUGUUAUGAUUACAGCAAGUUUGAGGAAGGCUAUUAUGACUUUCCACUUGAACAAUCAAACGCCAGACGUUCGGAACACUACUUCAUUUCAGAAGUCCCACUUGGCGGACCAAAGACUACCAUCCAACUACCAGCUCGUGUUGCUAGUGUUUCCAAUGUUAGAAGUGAUAUACCCGCAUCAUCGGACCAAGAGGUCUGCAAGAAUGACAUUCCACUGUCGGACCAUGGGACAGCCACACACUAUAAAGCGGCGUCUGUAGAAGGUGAGGAUGAGCAUGCUGAUCUGGAAUAUUUCAAGUGGCAUGAUCACCAAGCGCCAGAGUAUGUGGUGGAAUUAGCCCAGGAUAUGGUUAAUGAAAUCGAUGCAUAUAAGCUAGACAGCGAGACAAUCGAUAGACUGUCAGUUGUCCUCUUUCCACUUUUAGAGGCACUUGCGGACAGGCUUGGGCUCGAACCCCAUGCAAAUCACGACGUAGUGGAAUUUAUUUACGGACAGAGACGGAAGAUUGUCGCGUCUUUCAAAAGCAUCUGCCAGCGAGCUAGUGAAUCAUACAUAGAAACAGCUCCUACACAAACUUCCCAGUCGGGGGGAUUUGACGAUGCAAAACCCCCAGAAGACACCAAAGGAUUCCCUCCAAUUGGCAGAAGUGAAGCGUUUAGUCUUCCCGGAUUAGAUGAGUAUAAACGAUUGAUCUUUGAAAAUCCUGCUUAUCGGUGGCUUCUUGGCCGAUUACAGGGGGAAGCAGCUCUCUCGAAUACAGAGCCACAGAUUCUAAAUGAGAUCAGGAGCAAAAUCCGACAAGCCCUUCUCCCGAUAAGAGAAGGUGGUCGAAGAUGGUAUCCCACACGUACCAAGAUCACUUACACUCUUCGUUGGGAUAUCUUGGGGUUUCUAGAUGCUCAGGAGUACAACCUGUCCGCAGCCGAUGCCAUUGCCAAAGCUAUCACUUUGACGGGACAUCACACGGAUGCACAAGCUCUUAGUUGCCGUGACUAUAUGACACAGACGUGGCCUCAUACGGGAUGUAAAACCCUUGAGUUCCUUCAGGAAGUGUUGAGGGGCAACGGGGAUUUUAGUCUCUUCUUUUCAUUUUUCGAGUCUCGCGAUGAGUUAAUGGGAUCAGGUAAGGUGAGAGACUCUUCAGUUUCUAUAAUAGUUAAGGGAAUCCCAGAGCUUGUAGUAGAAAUAGGAGAGCAACUCGCCUGGAUUGGUGCUGCUUUGCGGUUCUCAAAGAGUAGUAUUGGUGUCGCCCACUGCACUCCACGCGUGUGCUUCAUACCCAAAAAAUUGGAUAUCAAACACGAUGUCGACGUAGUCCAGAAAGAGUACCAAGGUACAAAUGGACAAUGCUGGCAUAAUUUGUUCGCUGACCCCGUUGUCGUCCGUGGCUUUCCCAUUCUCAAAAGAAGCAAAACGGGCACAGGGUUGGAAAUGUCGCUCGACAUGCUAGUUGCACUAGCGAGAGCACGAUACGUUGAUACAUUCAAGUCCAAGGUCUUCAUCAAGGGUUUCUCCACCAUGCUGAUACCAACGAAGCAAUCGGGAAACUUGCUGGUUUGGCACUUGCUCUACAACAAAGACCCCAACAAGCGGAUAUCAUACCUUGAUUGUGAUCUUGGUCAUCAACAUAUCGAUAUUGAGAUGCAUGCCUUGGGGAAGUAUCGCCAUAUUUUGGGAUGGUGUUCUGACGUGGUCUCAAUUGUUGGGACCACUCAGUCGAAAUAUAACAUCGAGAAAUCCAAGUUGCCUUAUGCCCAUGCUGGCUGUGCCCUGGAAAAAGCCGAGGUUUCAGGAGGACAAUUUGUGACAGGCACGGCAGUUUUCAGCUUAGGCAACAGAGAGAAACCGGUCCAUAUCUCUAGAUUCGGUUACCUCAACAAGCUCCAGUGGAUUUCGUCGAAGCAUUUCGUUUUCUGGGACGAGGAAGCGAAGAGAGGCUGGCUGGUGAACGGAGCAAGUGCUUUGCUCCAUAUCCUUCGGGCAUCCCUAGAGCACAGCCAACAGAAAUUUCCAUCAGCAUGGCUUUUAGACCCAAACGCUCUAAGCGAUGCAGCUGGGACACCAAGGUCUCAAUCAGCUCUUGAAGUUUUGAUCAAUGAGCAGAAUCGUGAUCUUAAGCUCUACGUGGACAAGACUGAAGUAUACGACGAAGAAACCAAUGACCAGCAAAGAACCCACAAGGUGUUAAAAAGACAGACGAGACAUUAUCGAUUGGAAGACCGAAUCGAACACAUAUAUAACAUCUUCGAAAAACUGAUAGACCACCAGACUGAUGCCGAAAGACGAUCUGGGCUGGAUAUCAAAAUUCGACCACGCCGACAACUUGAGGGUUGGGAUUUCAAAGACUUGGCCACCGACGGGGAUCCGCUAUUUCCCCGUGUUGCUCAUCUCCAGACUAUUGGAAAGGGAUGGGUUGACUUCACUCGAGCCCUACAUGCUGUGACCUUAUUCGGGCGAGGAUUCGGAGAUUUGAUCCAACCACGAUUCGCAAUACCUUGUCCCCGUUGGACCCAAGUACCGAGCAACAAGUACUAUCUCGCUGCCUGUGUUUUAGAUCUUCAAGAGAUCAUGGAAAGGGAUGGAGACUCGAAUUCUAACCCAAGAAGGUUAUGCGAGAAUAUUAUAUGGCAAGUGAAGCAAGCAACAUUCGAUAAAUGCCCCUGUACCGGUAGAAGUACACAAGCGCACCACGAUCCCGUUCAGAUUCUAUUUCCGCUAAAAUUCACGCCGAGCCUUGGAAAGGGGUCCCAAAUCGAACUAGAAAGCCAUGGUGCAGUCAUUUUCGGCCACAACAUGAAUCUCCAUUGGCAUUGGGGAGACCACGGCGAUCCUGUGAAGGGUGACCCCCCGCAAGAGCUAGAAAACGAGACAGACACGAUCAGCGACAGCGGAGUUGGAUCAAGCCUCAGUACAUCUGGUGACUCAUCCGCCUCCAAUCUUAGUAACUCUACUCCUGUGCGCACUCAAGAAUCACCCCCGAGUAUUCCUAGAGAUACAACGUCGGAAACUCCCAAACUUCAUUUCAAGGAGGUGUUAUCGUCAAAUAUCAAAAGAGCAUGGCAUUCCUUCUCCGGUAAAUGAGUUACGAUCAUACUCUGACCAAGUUAUGGGCGUUUGAGAAGGAGAGCGAUGGUUGAUCUUUGAAAUAAUGUCUUUCUAUACUUCAUCAUCGGGAUGGCGUUAAUGAAAGUCAAAUAAACACGUGAGACCACCCCCUAAAUCAACCCCUAUUUCCCGCUCUCACCCCAUCCGAACCCUUACGUCCUCGGCUCACCAAAGCGAAUCUGUCUCUUGAUCUCCGCCCUCCUCCUUUCCUUCCUCGCCUCUUCCGAGCCCAUCCCGAUCCCCAACCCGUGCCCCAUACUCAGCUGUCUCGCCCGCUCCAAGAAACUCUUAACCUUCGGCAUCGGCGACGCGCUCCCCUCUUUCUCCAGCUUCCUCACGUCCUCGCUUUGCUUCCGCUUCUGCUGCUCCCUCUCCCUCUCCCUCUCUUUUUGUUUCUCCUUAUCCCUUUCUUUCUCCCUAUCCCCCCGCUGCAGCCCCAACACCCCCUCCCCUCCACCUCCUCCACCACCACUCCCUGCACCCCCACCCCCAACCCCAAGCACCGAAUUCCUCCUCAACCCCCUCGCGAACCCGAAACCCGGCAAACUCGAAACGCGAUUCAACCUCCUCAUAACCCCCUCCACCCCCGCCGCACCACCAGCCCCCCCUCCAAACCCAACAAAACCCUCCUUAUCCUUAUCCCUACCCCUAUCCUCAG